UACUAAUGAAUGCUGUAGGUUUCGGUACCGCACUGUGCAUUCUGACGUCUGGACUUUAGGUGCGGAAACGGUGCUGAAAUGCAGUGUGAAUGUCGGGUUUUUGACUGAACAAAGAACAUAAAUCUGAAAUACCAGGAUAAAAAAAUGAAAUUUGUAUGCCCUUACCUGUUUCAGUGUUUGCUGAUGGAAUUCAUGGAUUUUUUCAUUCAGUUAUGCUGAUACAUAUUGUAUGAUGGCGUUAGUAUCUUUACCCCCGUCAGUUCCGAAUUCAGAAUCCUCUCUGCAGGAUCUUGAAGACAAAGAAAAUGAGGAAGAAAUAGGAGAAUUGGUCAAUGUACAUUCACCUGCUAGGAAGACAAAGAAAAGACUUCUCAGACAAGGAAGCGUCAGUGAAAACUUUUUUGCUGUCCACGGUUCUACGCUAGUUUUACCAAGACAGACAACGCUAGAUGAAAAAUAUAUGGAAGCUAUGAAGGGGAAAAAAUUUGCAGGUGAUCUCAAGACUCACAUGUACGCUAUAUAUAAUAUAAUCAGAGAACAAGAUAGUAUAAAAUUGGUUGCUCGACUUGAAAGUUGGGUUUCAGAGAGGCCUCGUUAUUUGGUCAUUAUAUCAACGAAUGGCCGUCAAGAUACAGAAGAAAGUAUUAUACUGGGAAUGGAUUUUCAUUUGGAUGACAAUACUAAAUGCAAUAUCGGUCUUGUCAUUCCUAUUUGGACUGAUACAGUGAUUAAAUUAGAUGGAGAUGGGGGUUUCCAAGUAACUGGGAGAGACAGAACACAUACUUUCAAACCAGUCUCUGUUCAGGCGAUGUGGUCUGCUCUUCAGAUGGUUCACAGAUGUGUUGAUACAGCUCGAAAAUAUAAUUAUUUUUAUGGAAGUUUGUACCUGACAUGGACUUGUUACUAUGAAAGCAGAGUCGACUCUGUCAGACUUUUUCUUAACGAAUGGGAAUAUUUAGAAGACAUAUCUGACAGGAGACCAAAUUAUUUUCAAGACAAAGAUACUACAAGGGAGCCCAUUGAACAGAAGAUACGAGGAAAAUUGAAGCAGGUCAUGAUGAAAAUGGAUCUCGAUAGCUGUAACAGUAAAGAUGUGAGACAAGCACUGGAGAAAGUUAUUGACCUCGACCUCACAAAUCACAAGAAAUAUAUCGACACAGAAAUGAUGACAAUUUUAGGACAAAUGGACUCAGCGUCGAAAAUUCUCGACUUUUUAUAUCUUGGUUCUGCAUGGAAUGCGUCUGAUCUCGAAGAAUUGAAUAGAACGGGUAUCACCCAUAUUCUCAAUAUUACGAUGGAAAUUGACAAUUAUUUUCCCGACAAUUUUGUCUAUAAAAAUGUUCGAUAUUACGAUGAACUAGAAAGUGAUUUGUUGCCGGAAUGGAAUGAUACAUGGAAAUUUGUCAAACAGGCUCAACGUGCUAACGGAAAAUGUCUCGUCCACUGUAGAAUGGGAAUAAGCAGGUCCUCUGCUACUGUUGCUGCAUUUUUAAUGAAAGAAUAUCUCUGGUCCAUGGGUAAAGCACUUGCGUUUAUCAGAGAACGUAGGGAGAUCAUUUACCCAAAUGAGGGAUUCAUGCGUCAACUUCAAGAAUACGAAGGAAUACUUAAUGCGAGUGCUCAAAGACACAAUCUUCUGUUCCGUUCACGAUCUGAAAGCAAUUUAAUUGCGGAAAAUGAAAUCAACAAGUCAGAUAAAGAACAACAAACACCGAGAGGUUCCAUCGUUGAUCAACAACCAACUUUCGAUCUAAAUCGACAAUUACUGGAUCUCACUGUUUUACCAUACAGUACAAUACACAAAAAGCCAAAAUCUUGGUCUCCUGGUGAUGCUCGACAUUAUUUCAUGGACGAUUCCGUAACAGACCACUUCGAUGAACUUGGAAGCGGCAUGAACAGGAGUCAUUUGUCCGAGCCUCGGGAGUUUCUCGCAGAAUCGACACGGUUUGUGAAAGAUUCUGCUGUUCCGCAAGCUGCAGAUAGACGUAAGAAGUGGAGAAGAAGACACACUGAAAAUUUUUUUCCAUUGCGCAACCUCGAACUCGAAUCGGUCGCGCAAAGUGAAGACAGCGUCUUUCCUAACCCUGGUGAUGUUCCUGUUCCACGAAUUGAUGCCUGGAUGGCCGAGACAAGAUCUUUGCCUGCAGAUACAAAAAGGAAGUCUAAUCGCAUGUCAUCACCUGCCGCCAUGGAAACUACUAAAAGUUCGCUUGACGUUGAACGUGAGCAAGUGCAUUCGUCCUUCAUUUCGCCGAUGAAUAGUCCAUCUUUCAAAUGCACGAAAGACGUCAACGUAUCGAGCUUAAAAAAUCAAUAUAUAGAUACGGUCUUGAAAGUUGAUGUUACAAAUACAGUUCCUGUAGUACAACAAACCGAUAUCGCUAAACCAUCAGGCAGCAAAAUCGCUCCGUUAAGUGAAAACAUUUCUGAUGCCAAUGUUUCUGAAGAUGUGGAGAGCGAGGGUCGCGACUCAGUCGGUCAAUUAGCGUCGUCUCGAGAAAGAUCGUUUUCAGAGAACCAACUUUUUAACGUUAAAAAUAUAGUCUACGAAAUAGAAAACAGAGGCAAAGAAAACCAGGAAAAGGACAACGCUGUCGGAAUAUCUCGAUCACAAUCACUUUCCGCGAGUAAAAAUUCUUCCAUGGAGAUGACCUUGGGUGAUACCCAUUCUACAAUGGCGAAAGAUCAAAACCAAAAUAAUAACAACAGCAACAAUAAUGUUGGGCAAUUCUUUCCGAGCACAACGGUCAUUGAAAUUGAUCAUGAUGCGAAUAAUUCGCCUCAAAUUGUUAAAACAACAUCACAGCCAGGAUGUAGCAUUAAAGAGAAAGUCUCAUCUUCAGAUAUAACCCUAGCCUUGGUUGGACCAGAUGAAUCCAGUACUGAAUUGAGAAGAAAUCCUCUUGCCAGAAUGCUAACUCAAAGCGAACUUCACGUUAUAAGAGAGGUCGGAAAAACCUUCCUUAGCGAGCCAGAUGAUACAGAUUCGGUUUUGCUAAGUGAGAGUUCGUCACAAAGCACUUCAUCCACCCACACCAUCGAAGAAGAAACGACACCAAUCAAAAACCGAGGAGUCGUACGGCGAAUGGCAAAAAUAAUUGAAAGCAAAAUAAAACAACAAAAUGACGAACAACCUGAAGGAAAAUCGACACAAUCAUCCACUGAUUCUACCACAGUAAUAAAUAAACUGUUAAUGGGAGGUCCAACUAAUCCUCCGAUGUCAGUCGAGUCGAGCUGUAUAAACAAAAAUAACAACAACUCUGAGUCAGGUAUGGAUGAAGCAAAAUCGAUUGUAGAGCCUUCGACCCAAGUUUCAAGCAAAUUAAAUGAUUUGUUAUCGUUGGUUGGUCCCACACCAUACAGCCCGAUGCAUACUUCUCUUGCAAGUUCUGCUUUUGCCCAUCCUGGAAAAUCUUCAAUCGAGCGUUAUCAAAGAAAAGGAAGACUGCCGAUUCGACGGACACAGUCCGAAAGAAGCUUCACUCGUCCAAUUAAAUCUUUACUUUUCCACAGUUUCCGAGAGAAACAAUCUACGAGCAAUGAAACUGAACUUCUCGCACAAGAUUCUCAAUUCAAUCCUUCUCAAGACGCACCACCGGUCGCAGUGAAGAAAAUUGUUGAAAAUAUCGAAAGUUUGGGGGUGAAUGACGACAAGUUGCGCAGCCGUUUCGAAUUCGCAAGGAAAAAGAGACUGUUUAGCAGUGACUCACCAAGUAAUCCGAAUAAAAAACAAAUGACUAGGUCGAUCUCUAAUCCUCAUGUCACACAAAAAACUGAGGGGCAUCGUAGCAUCAAGUCUGUUUUUUCUCGUAACCCAUUUUCUGCUAGCAGAUCUCGUAAUAAAUGUGUUCAGACACAAUUUCAAAGGCAUAAUAAUCUUUAUAAAACAAUGUGAACACUCUUUUAAAAACCAGUGUCUUUAUAUUUAUUCAGCAGGAAAAUGUUUUUUGGAUAUAAUUCAUUUGGUGCCUUUCUAAAGAGAUUGUUUGGGCGUGACAUAUGAGUCUGUAUUUUUCGAAACCUUCUUCAUCAAGCUUAUGCCAUAGAUGACUAUACCUUUGAGGCUACUUCUUGAAUGGAUGGACCAUACUUGUAUAAUAAUUCCUAAUUUUAUGGAAUUAUUCGAAUGCAAUUUUUUGCACAAACAUCGGUUAUAUCAAUGAAACUGCCUCAACAUCAUCCACUGGAACAUUUGUUGAAUUAUCAAAAUUGGCCAUAGAAAAGACAUGGUUAAGCUACAUGCUUCAUCAGCAGCCCGCACUUGUCUGAGUGAGAAUAUGCUUCGCAACCUAGUUGUGCCUGGAUUUCAUUCUGAUUUGCUUGUGUUAUCCUGACAGACUCUCAAUCAUAAUAUUUCAUCUUUUUACAAUUAUAACACAGUUUGGUGGAUAACAAUGCAGAAUAAUGAGACAAUUACUCAUGCCUCUAGUUCUCAAAAUCUGAAGCCUUACAGCAGGGGUCGGCAACCUACGGCCCGAGCAAUAUAAUCUGGCCCGCGACGUUUCACUGAAUUAUAGUAACAAAUUAUAGCUGUUUUGUCGAUUAUAUUCUUUACGCAAAAGAAUUUACGUGUAGACUAAAUUAUAUUAUAACAUAUCAAGUAUAUAAUUCACAAUUACUCGUUU